AUGUAUCGCAACCAUGCCGAUGUAUUGGUUGCACCAGAAUAUUUGGAUUCAUUCCUGGCCUUACUCAGAAUGCGGGAUAUCAGCGAUAUACAGAUCGUUGCAAAUGACAUACAAAAGGAAAUAGAUCGAGAGAGGAGAGAUUUAGCUUAUGCAAUGAAAUAUCGUUCGCGACGUUCUGUGAGUAAUAACUCGUUAGCUAACUUCAACCUUAUUGCUUAUCAUCGCUAUGAUGAGAUUGUGGACUACUUGAGAAAGCUGUCCAGGCUACAUCCAAACUUAGCUGAAAUAUUUAACAUUACUAAAACAUAUGAGGGUCGUGAUUUAAUUGGCAUUAAAAUUGGAUCACGUUCUUCAUUCAAACCCGCCAUAUUCAUUGAUGCUGGCAUUCACGCCAGAGAAUGGAUAGCACCCGCGGUAGCUCUUUAUAUCAUCACUAAGCUUGUAACCGAAUAUCAGAAGGAUUCUAAUCUGACACAUAUGAUAGAUAAAUUCGACUGGUAUAUUGUCCCGGUAGCUAAUCCGGAUGGAUACGAAUACAGCAUGACCACUGAUCGAUUGUGGAGAAAAACACGAUCAAGAAACGUGACAGUUAACAAGUGGUGCGUUGGUGCUGACGCGAACAGAAAUUGGGGUUAUCGAUGGGGAGAGGCAGGAGCAAAUCGUAGUCCGUGUUCAAAUAUUUACCCUGGCUCAACAGCAUUUAGUGAAGUAGAAACAGCAGGUAUCCGCGAUUUUAUUACAUAUCAAAUUCUUGAUCUCAAAGUUUAUGUUAGUUUGCAUAGCUAUGGACAGCUAUUCCUCGCACCAUGGGGUUAUACAAAUGAUAGACCCAAUAAUUAUUAUGAUCAGAAGCAGGCAGCAAGCCUAGCAGUUGAGGCCAUUCGGAAGAGAACUGGUGCAAAGUAUGACUAUGGGACUAUUUCCGAACUAAUGUAUCGAGCAUCAGGAACAAGUAUUGAUUAUAUGCAGGACAAAGGUGUACCCUAUAUCUACGGUAUCGAGCUUAGACCUGAAGAUGCAGAUAAUAACUUUGGAUUCACUAUUCCAGCACGCUUUAUUGAACCCACUGGUGAAGAAAUGAUAUCAGCACUUCGAACAAUGACCGAUUAUGUGAUUAAAAAAAAACUAUAA